UAUCGACUUUCCAUCGGAACUUGUAACCAAGAUGUCACUGAUGCACGGAACCAUAAUACCGUCGAACCGAUUCAGCGGUCCGUCCCUCAUCCCUUCCCCCAUAUUUCACACGUGACAAAGACGGGCAAUAACUUAUAUCAUCAAAAUGCCGAAGGCAGCGAAAGGAAAGGGACCGGUGGAGAAAAAGGUUGUUCAUCCAUACAGCAGGAAAGCUGCUUAUAUGGCGAGAGCUGCUAGCAAACAAGUGAGGAAGGAAAAGUUAAAAAGUGAAAAGGCACAACGUCUAAACGUGAUUGGUGAAAAACUUUUGUGGUUCCAAAACCAGCUAGAUCCCAACAAGGCUGAAUACACCAAACACGACGCUUGUGAAAUCAUUGAGAGGUACCUUCACCGUUUUGAUGAAGAGCUGGAGCAGAUAGAGUUAGCGAACAGUAUUAAAGGACGACAGGGUCGUCAGCAUGGCUCCAGAGAGGCUGUCAUCAAACAAACAGUAGAGCGAGAGAGGGCACAGUAUGAAGGCAAUGGCUUUGAAAUCCCUGACAUCAUCAACUCUAAGCAUCUGAAAAUAUUCAGAGAAUGGAACAGUGACCUCAAGAAACUCCCUAACAUUAAGAUGAGAAAGGUUUCAGCAAAAGGCUCUGACAGCACACUCUGUGCUGUUUCAAAUGAUGCACACACGGAGGAGGAAGAGAAUGAGGAAGAUGAGGUAUCACAGAAUUGUGAUAUUGACCUAUAGUGUGUAGUGUGAAAUUCUGUAGCUCUACUGUAGUACAACCUAUUGUAAAGGGACAGCACGAUGUGUGUAAGAGCACUGGACAGAAAGAGUUUGGGACAUUGAAAUGAGUGUGCAUUGUGUGAGAGUACGUUAGUGCUCUUUUACCAGCAGCCAGAGGCAUCUUGCUAUGUACAUUUACUCAUCUGUACCUGUAAAAAUGGCUUGUUGUGAGGAAAGGGGUUGCCUAGUUACCUAGGAAACAUGAUAACACCAUUAUAUAAAUAAACAGAGACUUUGAAACCA